CUGCUUUGUCAUGCUGUGUAUGAACUAUGUGAGAAUGGCUUCGAGGUAGUUGCUGUGUCCAUGGAAAGAUGUCCACGUAAUGAAGAGAUGUGCACUCUGCUGGGCUGUACAUUUACAGACCCCUGGAACCUGCAGACACACUUCUCUCUGCCUAAUAAUGAUUUUAAGCAUUAUGUAAUGUUUGACAUGUGCUAUGAACUAAAGACAGUUGCUAACAUGGUUGAAGACCUUGGUUCUUUACAGGGUCCAGAUGGAACUAUUACAUGGUUGUAUAUCACUGAACUGAUGAAUAUGCCCAGAUGUUCCAGGAUGUUCCCUCUUCUUGCAAAGAUGCCCUUACUGGCUAACAAGCUAAGCAACACAGUAGCAGAUGCACUGAAACUAAUACACGAACUGAAGUGUAAAGAGUUUGAUUAUUCACAAGCUACUGUCAAUUUUAUUCAGAUAAUUGGACAAUUAUUUGACAUCUUCAAUAGCAGCAGUUUGCGGCUACAAGGCAACAAAGGCUCAAUCAAUUACUUUAACCUGGAGCAAAAGGUCCAGAUCCUCCAAGAGACACGAGAAUAUUUAUUGACUCUGAUAACCAGUGACAGCGAUUUCCUUUUCCAGACCUCAAGUGGGUGGUGUAUUAUUGGUCUUCUUGUGAAUAUUAUUUCACUGUCUGCACUAUUGCCACAUCUGCUGUCAGAGCAAGGAUAUGUCACCACACACAGAUUCAGCACACAUUACCUCAAAAGAAUUUUCAGUAGUCUCCGGGCUAGAGAUGGAUCUGAUGUAAGCCCUACAGCUUUUGAGGUAAGGUGUGCUGUAGAAAAGCUUUUGUUACAGUGUGGACUUAUAGACACAGAUUUGGAGACUGAUGCUAGCUUUGGAGACACAAGUAUAGAUCCAAGUCUCUGUGGAUAUGGGCAGAAUGUUUCCUCACCAUUUGCAGACACCAGUAUUGAGCUGCCUGAUCACAUCUAUUCAUCCAAUUUGUUAACUGUGGCAGUAAACAAUUCUGAAAUGUACAUUGCAGGCUGGGUUGUGAGGAAAGCCUUUAGCCAACUGUCCUGCAACAAGUGCAGAUGGGCACUUGUGUCUGAGCAACACCCUGUGGAUUUUACAAAUGCCUAUCACUUACUGCAAGUUAAAGACAGUACAACUUGUUUUGUGCCCUCAAAUGGAACAAUUCGGACUCUGCAAGUAGUGGAGAAGGAUGUGCAUCGUAUGCUGAAUCAUGGCAACUCAAUGCAAAGCAUAUCUGUCCUCAGGCUGCAGCACCAUGCACUAAGUACAUUGGGUUCAGCAGAUAUAUUUAAUCUCCAAGAACACAUAGCAGAAACAGAGCUGGGCAUGGACAAUCAUCACUUUCAGCUG